UGAAAACAGGCCGAAUAUUAGAAAUUUUUCUGUGGCCACCUCCCCGGCUCCCGUGUGACCGCCUCCUCCUAUCCCAAAACCCUAACCACCGCCGCCGUCUCCGGCGAUGUCGCAUUUCGGGCGCUCCGGGCCGCCGGAGAUCCGCGACAGCUUCUCCCUCCUCGUCCUCAACGUCUCCUUCCGCACUACGGCUGACGACCUCUUCCCGCUCUUCGACCGCUACGGUGAGGUCGUAGACAUCUACAUCCCGCGCGACCGCAGGACUGGGGACUCGCGAGGGUUCGCGUUCGUGAGGUACAAGUACGAGGACGAGGCGCAGAAGGCAGUUGACAAGCUUGAUGGGAGGAUGGUUGAUGGGAGGGAGAUCAUGGUGCAGUUUGCGAAGUAUGGCCCCAAUGCUGAAAAGAUUCAUAAGGGGAGGAUUGUGGAAGAAAUUCCGAAGCCAAGGGGUCGUUCCAGAAGCCGCAGUCCAAGACGGAGGUAUCGAGAUGAUUUUCGGGACAGAGACUAUAGAAGGCGAAGCCGGAGCAGAAGUAGGGAGAGAUAUGAACGGGACAGCUACAAAGAUGGAGAUUAUCGUCACGGUAGCAGGACUCGUGGUAUUAUCCCCGAUUAUGACAGAAAACAUAACAGAUACAGUUCUUCAAAUAUUGGCAGCCGCUCACCUGUGCGGAGAAGUCCUAGCCGUAGCAGAAGCUACUCACCUCGUGAGGCGCCUUCUUCUCGUGAAGGAACUCCUAGCAGGCCCAGGGAUGACCGCUCUCCACAUUCUGGAAGCCCUUCAGCGUGAAUAUGAAUAUUAUACAAAGCUUCAGAGCUUCUCAUGGACAGAUUGGGCUAUCUAGACAGUUAUCAUUUGUAGUUCACUGCAUGUUACUAAGAUGACUUCUGUUUAUGCUAUAGGAUGAUGGGGCUAGAACUUCGAUUGAACGGAUGUGCUCCGUUUGCUUAUUAAAGCUAUAUGACACCAAUGGUGUAAUGCUCAAUGUCUCUGCAUUCGGUUUCCCAUACUGCUUCAUCA